UGUAAAUAUAUAUUUUUUUUGAAAUAACUGUACUUUUCAAAUUAUUUAAAAUUAAUUUUAGUAUGAGAUAAUUGUAAAUUCAACACGUGCCUAAUAAUUUGUGGGCCAAGCAUUUUUCGUGUUGAGUUCAUGAAUGUUAGUCCAGGUAUGAAUCAAGGAUUCGCGCCCCGCCUUGUCGCCUUCCAUGCUCGGGGUUAUAUAUAUGCGUACAUAAAUACACACAGAAACUGGUAUAGAUGCUGACUGUGAGUAUCAGAUCUCGGCUAAAUAACAUCGCAAUUCCCAAAAGUUAGUAUAAUAUCUCACUGUAGGUUCUUGUUCGGAGAGUAUUGGCGUCGUGUAUUGGCAGAAAAAAUGGAGAGAGAAUCAAGCCAGAACUCGUGGUCUCUAAAAUCGCCAUUGAUUCGAACCGGUGAAGAAAACCAGGGAAGUGGUGAUAACAGGAGACUAGUAUUAGAAGAAGUGAAGAAACAGCUAACUCUGGCCGGGCCUUUAAUUACUUCCGGUAUACUACAGUUCUCUUUGCAGGUUAUAUCCGUCAUGUUCGUUGGUCAUCUUGGAGAGCUGGCUCUUUCUGGUGCUUCCAUGGCUACUUCUUUUGCUUCUGUAACUGGUUUUUCCUUCUUGCUUGGAAUGGCAAGUGCACUGGAGACCUUAUGUGGUCAAUCAUAUGGAGCAAAACAGUACCGUAUGCUUGGCAUACAUAUGCAAAGAGCCAUGUUUGUUCUUUUAAUUCUUAGCAUACCCUUAGCAAUUAUAUGGGCAAACACACGAUCAAUUCUAAUUUUUUUAGGCCAAGAUCGAGAUAUAUCCGAAGAAGCAGGCAUAUAUGCCCGUUUUAUGAUUCCGAGUAUUUUUGCAUAUGGUCUACUCAUGUGCCUUGUCAGAUUCUUGCAAACCCAGAACAUUGUAUUCCCAGUUAUGCUAUGUUCUGGAAUCACAACUCUACUGCAUGUACUUACAUGCUGGGUUUUGGUAUUCAAAUCUGGUCUGGGAAAUAAAGGAGCUGCAGUGGCUAAUGCAAUCUCAUAUUGGAUUAAUGUGCUAUUAUUGGCAGCUUAUGUCAAGUUCUCUUCCUCUUGCUUGAAAACUUGGACAGGAUUCUCGAAGGAGGCCUUGUACGACGUUUCUGUCUUUCUUAGGCUUGGUAUUCCAUCCACCGUUAUGGUCUGCUUAGAAAUGUGGUCUUUUGAAAUGAUGGUUCUGUUGUCCGGCCUUCUUCCUCAUCCACAAUUAGAAACAUCUGUGCUCUCUAUCUGUCUUAACACUUCAUCCCUCAUUUGGAUGAUCCCCUUCGGUCUCAGUGCUGCAGUUAGCACUCGAGUAUCAAACGAGUUAGGAGCUGGGCAUCCAGUAGCUGCACGUUUGGCAGUAUGUGUAGUACUAAUGAUAGCCAUUGCCGAGGGAACUUUGGUUGCAUCAGUUUUGAUAGUGAUAAAAAAUGCCUGGGGCUAUGCUUAUAGCAGUGAAAUACAAGUUGUUAAACGUGUAGCAGCCAUGACGCCCAUUCUUGCAGUAUCAAACUUCGUGGAUGGACUCCAGAGUGUUCUCUCAGGAACUGCUAGAGGAUGUGGGUGGCAGAAGAUCGGUGCAUUUAUAAAUCUGGGAUCAUAUUAUCUUGUGGGAAUUCCAUCUGCUAUUUUGAUGGCUUUUGUCUUACACUUGGGUGGGAAGGGGCUUUGGCUAGGAAUCAUUUGUGCUCUGCUCGUUCAAUUAAUUUGUCUUCUCUUAGUUACCAUACGCACAAACUGGGAAGAAGAGGCCAAGAAAGCUAGGGAGAGAGUUUAUGGCUCUGGUAUCCCAGUGGACAUGGCAUCAUGACAUUGCUAUAAUCAUUUGAAGAGGUAGAGAGAACCAAAAGCAGUGGUCUCUCUCUCUCUCUCUCUCUCUCUAUAUAUAUAUAUAUAUAUAUAUUAUAUUCUUUGCAGUGUUGAUGUGUUCUAUAAUGGCGACUCUACCACGGAAAUUGCUGAAGUUGAUUCUUGGAGCUUGUAAGGGGAUAGUCUAAAUAUAUUUUUAAUAUUCAAACAUUAGAUUAAGUAAAUUGAAACUUAUAGUAUUAAUUAUAAGCUGUUAUUUUU